AUGAGUGUUGGUGAGCCAUGCGAACUUAACGUGAGUUACGCUAAGCCAAUGCGGCUGUGGAACACUGCAGUUUUAGCAGGACUUUUCUGCUACGUCAACGGAAGCUUUCCCAUGCCACACGAACCGGCUGAUGCUCUGCGGCCCACAAUGGCUUUGAAUAGAAUAAUGACAGAUGACGAAAUACAAAAAUAUUUUGCAAAUUUUCCGUCCGACGAAGACGAUGCAAUAGACCAUCUGCCCGAAGAUACUGACUGUGAAAGUGACCCUGAUUAUGAACCGAGAUCAGAAGAGUUUUUUAUGAUGACGAGCUCAACAAUAACACAGAAGAAGCUGAGAAUUGCUAUCCAAAGAGAAAACAUUCGAAAGCCUACCCAAACUCAAAACACAAUCGCAAAAACUCUGGAUGCCAGAUUCCAGCUCCACAGGAUGAAAAGCAUCGUUUCACUUCUCAAAUGUUUUCUUCACUCCCAGAGGCAGCAGUCGAGGAAUCAUCAACAACGUGCAGAAGGAUAUUGAGGAGGUAAGGAAACUUUUACAAACAUCAGACGAUGAAGACGACCCAGCCGCGACAGAGGACUUGGGAGAAGAGAGCAACAUCGCUUCACAAGAUGAGAUGGAAGAAAGAGGAGAGGACUCAUGCACUGAGCAAGAGAUCACUGAUGAUCCUGAUGAGCAU